AUUGCCUCCAAGCAGAGUCAGAUUUGCAUUGCCAAUCUCCAGAUAUUCAAGCCAUCUCCUUUGUUGCCACAGACAAUAUUCCAACCAAGAAGCUCUAUUUGGUUAUAUAAUCUUUUAUGGUUUGAAAUGAAAUAUAAUUACUCCUUGACAUUUGGUCUUGUUCAAAGUUAUUUUUUUUAAUUUGUUAUAAUUGAUUCUUUUGGCAGUAAUAUCAUCUGAGGAUGGGAAGCAUUCGAAACAUCUCCAAAAGUGUAGUACGAGCACUGAGUCACAGGGGACCAACUCAAAGGAUUGAACCCACUCCCUGGGAUCUUCAAUUCCUUCCUGUUGGUCCUAUCCAGAAAGGACUUCUCUUCCCUAAGCCAAACCCCCAACAAGAUGCAGGAAAUUUGAUACACCACUUGAAGGACUCUCUUGCUCGCACAUUAGACUUUUUCCCACCUCUUGCAGGCCGACUUGGCGCAAUCCAACAUGGUGACGACACCACUUCCUUCUCUAUUGAUUGCAACAAUACUGGUGCUUUAUUUGUCCAUGCUGUAGCUGACGGAGUAAGGACAUACGAUAUCCUUCAACAUGCUCGUGAUCCUUCCGUUUACUCCUUUUUUCCACUAAACGGAGUGAAGAACAUUGAGGCCACUUCCAAGCCGAUAUUAGGGGUGCAGGUGACUGAGCUAGAUGAUGGCAUCUUCAUUGGUUGCACAGUCAACCAUUCUGUCACGGAUGGCACGUCAUUUUGGCAUUUCCUCAAUUCUUGGUCCGAAAUUUCUCGAGGUGCCGUUGAUUUAUCUAAACCUCCUGUUUUCGAACGUUCGUAUCUUAAAGAUCACACAGAUGGUCCCAUUCGCUUCCCGAGUUCACAACUUAAACAAAUCCAUGAUGAGCACAUUCCAUCACCUUUGGAUGAAAACGUCCUCCAUUUCACAAGAGAAAGUAUUGCAAAACUCAAAGCAAAAGCCAAUGCUGAGGUUGGUUCUAACAAGAUCUCUUCUCUUCAAGCAGUCUUAGCUCAUGUUUGGCGAUCUGUUUACCGCACGAAACACCCUGACCCCAAUGAAGAGAUUUCUCAUGGACUGGCGUUUAGCGUAAGACCAAGAUUACGAUCCAUGCCACAAGAAUACUUUGGAAAUGCUGUGCAAUUUGGGGGUCUGACACUAAAGGCGAGGGAAUUACUAGAGGGAGGACUUGGUAACGUGGCGUUGCAAAUGAACAGAACGGUUGCUGCACAAACUGAAGAAACUAUGAGCAAUUUCCUUACUUCAUGGCCAAAAAGCCCUGUGUUAAUCACGCCGGGCAUGGUCAACGCUGUAAAUGGCUUGUUCGGAAUUGGUUCACACCGGUAUGAUGCAUAUGGAAAUGAUUUUGGAUGGGGAAGGCCAAUUGCAUUACGAAGCGGACCAGGGAACAAGGUGAAUGGGAUGAUGGUAGUGCGCCCUGGAGUAGAGGAAGGUAGUAUUGAUAUCGAAGCUUGCCUUUUGCCCGAGACAUUGCAUGCCCUGGUCAAUGAUCAAUAUUUCGUGGGUGCUCAUGAGUUUCAUGCUCUGGAGAUGGUGGCUUGAUCUGCGGUCAAGUGGAAGUCAGCCGGCAUGCUUGGUCUUUGGCGCAAUCCAACUCCUUUUCCGUUUCUCCCUCCCCUCACCCUUAAUUAGAUAUAUAUAUAUAUAUAUAUAUAUAUAUAUAUUUCUAAGGAUUUCGUUGGUGCUGUAGCUGUCUACUAACUAUUGUAGUUUUUACUCCGCAAUGUUGUCUAUAGUCUAUACAACGUUGUCCUUGUGUAGUUGUGUUGUAAUAACAAUACAGGUGUCUUGUAUGU